UAUGUGCCAUGCUCCCUCCCCCAGUGAAUCAGCUUAUCUUCUGGUUCCUGGAGAAGGAAAGUGCUGAUGAUCACUGCACUGAAACAGCACAGCAGCGCUGGUAGGCAGAUCUCAGUAUGGAAGCGCACUUAAUGAACUGGAUUAUCAUAUCGUUAUGUGCAGGUUGUUUAGCUUUGGAAGUAAAACCUGUCACUGACCCUGUAAUCAGCAAGGUUGGAGACAGCGUACAGCUGCAGAUUAAACCCCCUGGAGUUCUAGCUGCAGUGAUAUGGUCUUUCAGCCCUGCAAAUAUCCUUGUGGUGUCAUGGGUCGGAUUCAACCCAGUCAUAACUCCUGAAUAUGUGAACAGAGUCACCCUGAACACAGCUACGGGAUCAGUGGAGCUCAGAUCUGUGUGCCUCAGCGACGCUGGAGUGUAUGCAUUUCAGGGCCUUAUCGAGCUAUCAGGAAAUGCAGAACACAUCAAUGGAAAAGUUACCUUGGAAGUUUAUGAGCCGAUAGCUAAUGUAAAUGUGAAACCCAGCCUUGCACAGCCAAUAGCAAACCAGGCUCUAAAGCUGACCUGCGAGGUGCUUGGAUCACAGACUGUUUCCUCAAGGCUCUGGCUGAAGGACGGUCAGCCCUUGUCCACUAGUGACAGGAUAACAUUGUCUGUGGACAGCAGUGUAGUCUCCUUCAACCCAGUGCUGCAGUCUGAUAAUGGAGAAUAUCAGUGUAAAGCUAGUAACCCUUUAAGUGAAGAGACGAGCCCUAGAUACAGAUUGGAGGUCUAUUGUAAGUAUCCAAAGAUUCUCUUUUCUCUGUGCAUGCUGAAUUGA